GCCGAAACCGGAGUUGUCGGUGGGAGGCUGCAGGCAGCUGCUGUUUAUACAGUGAACUGGGGAUGUGGAUGAAAUAACGGUUUCUAGUUUAUUAACUAGCUUCGGAUGGAAAAUGAAGAGCUAAAACCAUUUUUUUGUAUACAUUUCGAAAUUGUAACUCUGUGUGCUUCCUAAAAGCGUGUUAACAUUUAUUUGCUUUGUUUUGACUUAACGGGGAUAAGCAACAGCAAGCUAGCGCCAGGCUAGGAAAGCUAGCUAACAUUAGCUAGCAUCGCUCGGCGUAGUUGAUGCCCAGCUGUCGACAGUUGCCAGCUUGAUAAAGACAGAUUUGCAAUCGACUUGAGAUGAGCGAAGUGAUGCUUUGAUUCAAAACCAGCGCAGAUCAAACAACUGCAGAGGAGAUGGGUCAACUUUGGCGGCGAGACAUUGCCCUCUCAGAGAGUUUGGGAAAUGACUCUCCUGUCGGCUUCGCCCCGGGGCCCCCAGCCACGGUGGCUCCACAACAAUCCAACUCCUCCUGGUUCCCAGAAGCCCCAGUGGUCACACCAGAAGAGCCAAUUUUCCUCAUGACAUCCACUGCCCGAACUAUUUCAGGGUUUUUUGUUUGGACAGCUCUUCUGAUCACAUGUCACCAGAUCUACAUGCAUCUGCGUUACUACAGCUCUCCAAAUGAACAGAGGCACAUAGUUAGGAUCCUCUUCAUAGUCCCCAUCUAUGCCUUCGACUCCUGGCUCAGCCUUCUCUUCUUCACCAACGAGGAGUAUUACGUGUACUUUGACACAGUCCGAGACUGCUACGAAGCCUUUGUCAUCUACAACUUCCUGAGUCUGUGUUAUGAGUAUCUUGGAGGAGAGAGCGCCAUCAUGGCCGAGAUCAGAGGAAAACCUAUCGAGUCCAGCUGUAUGUAUGGUACCUGUUGUCUGUGGGGAAAGACAUACUCCAUUGGCUUCCUCAGGUUUUGCAAACAGGCAACUCUCCAGUUCUGUGUGGUGAAACCUCUGAUGGCAAUGAUCACGGUCAUUCUUCAGGCCUUCGGGAAAUACAAAGACGGAGACUUUAACGUUGCUAGUGGCUACCUGUAUGUGACCAUUAUCUACAACAUCUCCGUCAGUCUGUCGCUCUACGCUCUCUUCCUCUUCUACUUCGCCACACGUGAACUGCUUGUCCCAUACAACCCCGUGCUCAAGUUCUUCAUGGUCAAAUCAGUCAUCUUCCUCUCCUUCUGGCAAGGGAUGCUGCUAGCCAUCCUGGAGAAGUGUAGAGCCAUCCCUCAGAUCACCUCGGCCGGCUUCUCUGUGGGCGAGGGAACAGUUGCCGCUGGUUACCAAAACUUCAUCAUCUGCAUUGAGAUGUUCUUUGCUGCUGUCGCUUUGCGCCAUGCCUUUACUUACAAGGUCUACAUGGAUAAAAGGCUGGACUCAUAUGGCUCAUUUCCUAUCUAUGGACCGUAUGGUCGCUGUGCCCCAAUGAAGAGCAUCUCCAGCAGCCUGAAGGAGACCAUGAAUCCGGGGGACAUGGUCCAGGAUGCCAUCCAUAACUUCUCCCCAGCUUACCAGCAGUACACCCAGCAGUCCACAUUGGAGCGAAGUGGGGGGCCACCCCUCUCCCGUAGCCACAGCAACCUCAGCACCCGCGGGGACAACGAAAAGACCCUGCUGCUUAGCUCCGACGACGAGUUCUGAGACUCAAACACACACUCACUUUACGCACGUAGUCCAUAUUGAUUUUUUUUUUUUUUUUAUCACCUUUGUGAGACAAAUCAGAUGUUUUGUUGUUACCUUAACAUAGAAGAUCAGAUUUGGUUUCCCCCUUCUUUUUUUUUUACAUUAAAAUGAAAAGAUCUGAUUGUUGUCAGACUUCUGGAGCUAUGGUUGACAGACUGUGGGAAGGGAUUGAGUGUUUUUACGAGGAACGAGAGGUAAUAAUUGUUAAAGUAGGAAAAGAGGAUGGAAAGGUUGUUGUCAAAUUUAAUCAGGGAGAAGAGAAGUCAUGAUGUUUAGACAUUAUUACAUUUAUUAACCGGUCGGGUUGUCAUUUGUGAUGAUGUCAUAGAGGCCAUUAAUGACAGAACUACCAUAUCACAUGGAAACACCGCAGCAAAAAAAGAAAUGAAUGAUAUAAGCUGUACGCUAGAGCAAAUAAGGGCCAUCUUAUUCUAAAACACUUCAUCUUUCAGUUAUUAUAUUGAUUCUGCAUCCAAACUCCUCCUCAUCCCUUUGCCAAUUUUGCCUCUUACCGAAACAUUGCCAAAUAUUGAAGAGCAGCCCGUGCUCCAGUCAAUGAGACACACUGUCUUAAGAUUUAGAAUUGAUUCAUAGUCAAGCAAAGCUAAGGAGCCUUUGAAUUGCCGGGCUUUAUUUUAAUAUAUAAAAAUGUAAAACACUUUUUUAUUUUUAAAUGUAUGACCUUGAAGGUUUUAAUUUCAAAGAGUAGUUUGUUGGUAAAGUGUUAUUCCAGAAAUGUUCUAAAUAUUCAGUGUUUUCAUUUUGUUGUGGUUUUGUAUGAACAAGCAGCGCAAAAGUUUAAUUGUAUGACGCUGUUGAGCUCAUCGCACAAUGCUAUUGUUUGUGUACCACUGAGGUAACAGCUGUAGGAGAGAUUUUAGUGUGAGGCAGGGAGAUUGGCGGAAGGAGCAAACCCACACAGAUUACAGAUUACUGAAAAAGAAACACUUCCCUGCAGAGUCGACCCAGCUGUGAUGCGCUGUGGAUUGUAUUCCCAUAAUUAAGGGCAAAACACGUAUCAUGCCUGUCUCUGCUGGUAUUGUUUAUAAAGGCAUCACCUCUAUAGUGAUUUACUCAGUCAUUACAGACAUAAGGCCAUUUAAAGAUGUAUUGGGCCUUAAAUCAGACUAAGAUCACAUAUGAAAAAGGGAAAUAUGGGCAUUAAAAGAGUGAAUGCAAGAUGCAUAGAUGCACUUGGAUUUGUUCGGGGGCGCACUAUAGCAGUGAUGCAUGUCAGAAAAAA